AUGAAAUUUUCUCGUCUUAUCUUUACCUUCUUGCUAGCUUCUACUGGGCUAGCUGACAGGAGUGAUCGUCAAGCUCUCACUUAUGCUGCGCUUCCCGAAGGCAUAUAUACGCCAUCGGUAAAUGCCAGUAUUACCACCCUGUUAGACUUUAUUAAGUCACGCAGCGACCUUUCUAUUCUUGCCAAUUUAAUAACAGAAUGCGGCGGCUUCUCGCAGGCUUUCCAUACCAUUCCAACUUGGUCUUUCACCUUUUUUGCACCCUCUAACGCGGCUUUCAACAACACUGGCGCCUACUUUUCGACCUAUGCAGCCACCUUCAAGGGAAAGUGGUGGCUAGGAAACUUGUUCCAGCACCAUUAUAUUCCCAAUACCCAGCUCAAAAGCUCUGCGUUCAAUAGUUCAUACACCCGCAUCCAAACUGGGAGUUUUUUGUAUGUGGGAACGCAGGCACUUAACGGCCAGUUGAUUCUAAAUAACGUCUCCGCGGUCACGAGCGCUGACUUACCGGUCACGAGUGGCCUUGUGCAUAUAAUAGAUCAUAUUCUAGAUCCGUCAGCACAGGUCUUCGAGCCAGAUGUGACUAAGACUAGUCAGAGUUUCAUUCCCGGAAGUUGUUCAAACCCUCUGUUGCCAUAUUGUUGA